CGCAUUUAGUACAUGGGCAAAGACAGAAAAUGCUUGAAUAUUCAUUAUCUUUAUUUGUUUAAAAUAGAGAAACCAAAGAAAGACUGAGAACUAAAAAACAGAACAUUGGGAGUGAGAAAAAAGGACAGAAAGAAGAUACUGAAGCAAACUUCAAGAACUACAAACUGACAGUCUAUGACGCAUGAUGGAGACAGGAGAGGACUCUGAUCGUCAUUACAAUUGUCCAGCUCUUCCAGAGAUAAAGGCCAUUAUAAUCGGCAGUAAAGCAGAGUACAAACGCAGUGCAGCUGAUACCAUUUUUGGUCAUAAUGACUGUAAAGUGAGAAAAGAGAUAGUCAAGAGUGAAAUGAAACAGAGGACAAAUCAGAACAGGUCUGUUACUUUGGUAAUGACACCAGGAUGGUGGAGGAGCGUCACACUGGCAGAGAGUGCAAAGUAUUUAAAGAUGGAGAUUAUGCACAGUUUAAGACUGUGUUCUUCUCCACAUGCCUUUCUUCUAGUCAUCAAUCUACACAAACCAUUUACAGUCAUGCACCUAAAAAGUGUGGUGGAACACAUGGAGAUUUUUGGUGAGCAGAUCUGGAACCACACCAUCGUUCUGCUCAUGUAUGACAACACAGAUCAGAGACAUGCAGACAGCAAGCAGCUAAUCGAGAGAGCAGGGAAAGAGCUUGAUAUUGUAAUAAAGAAGUGUGGGAACAGAGUUCAUGUCUUCAAUUAUACUGACAGCAAGGGGAUAAAUGUGGAAAAACUGUUCCGUGAGAUAGAGAACUUGGUAGCUCAGCAUGAAGGACAGUCCUUUAAAAUUGACAGCAAACUGUUUGAAGAUAUGGAGGAAAAGAGACGAAAUGUGAAGAAACAAGCAGAAGAGAGAUCCAUCCAAAUAAAAACUAAGAUGCAAAACUUGAAAGAACAUCUAACAGAGAAAUUUUUUCCAGAGUUAAGGAUUGUCCUAAUGGGUGGCAAUAUUGUUGGGAAGACCUCAGUGGUGAAUACCAUCUUAAAAAUUAAACAAGAGAAGAGCGUGACAAGAAAAUGUGUGAUGAGUGAAGGAGAGGCUGACAAGAGAAAAGCCAUUUUAAUUGACACACCUGGAUGGUGGCCGUAUGCAUCUGUAAAGGAGACUUCAGAGUCAGUCAAGCAGGAGAUCAUGUCAAGUGUUACUAUGUGUUCACAAGGACCUCAUGCAGUUUUGCUGGUUCUGCAGUCUGGUGUCGCCUUCACUGAGGCACAAAGGAGAUCUGUCAAGGAGCACAUGGAGCUCCUGGGUCGAAAUGUCUGGAAGUACUGUAUAGUGGUGUUCACCAGGGGUGACUGGACAGUCACUCCCACUAUUGAAGAACACAUUGAGAGUGAAGAAGAGAAUCUGCAGUGGCUGAUCAAUAAAUGUGGAAACAGGUAUCAUGUAAUUAACUACAUGGAGCAGGAUGAUAGGGAACAGGUCAGAGAGUUGAUGGAGAAAGUGGAGAUGAUGGCCAGAGGAAACACAGAUCUCCUGACACCUUUGGAUGUAGUGAUGGAGGAGACUGACAGUGGGUGGGGAUCUAAGUCAGACCAAGACAAGUUAGAGAGAGGAAGCUUUCAUCUGGAUCCCCCUUACAUGCAUGACUACAUUACAAAAUGGCUUGAAAACACAGAAAUUGUGACUAACUACAGAUCAGAUCUUUCAGAAGGCAUUUCAGAGGAUGGUACAAAAAAUCAUGAUCACUGAUGGCUUGCAGAGGUAAUUACAGAAAACAGUAAGAGAAACAAACAAUAGCAUUGUAUGCAAUAAUUUUUCAUAAUCAUUACAACUAAAAAAUGAGAGCAAGGAUGGAAACUUGUUUAUUUGCAGUAAUACGUUUUUUAGUUUUGUUUAUGGGCAAAUAUGAUUGUAAAUAUGGGUUUGAAUUUUGUUUACUAUUUAUACAAUUAUCCCUCAUGUCAGAUCUACUCAUAUUGUUUGUAAUGUUAACAAUCAUACCCUGUGGAGCAACCUAAGGUUAUGUGUCUAACUCAAGACUAAUUGCUAAUAAGUAAUCUCAGGAAACAUCAAUCUAUUUCGCAUUCAAGUAUCUGUUGCCAUAACUUUAUAUUGUCACUGUUGUCACUGAUGUCACUGGUAUGUGAGUUUGUAUGUAAUACUCCAAUACUUCAUAUUCAAAUAAA